CCAACAUUCACAAAACAGAAAUCAUAAUACGCAGAAACCGAAUAACAACGACGCGGCCAUGGCGCGACUCACUAGGGGCUGGAGGCAAUUCAAAUAUGAGAUACAACCCGGCGGCACCGCGCCUGUGAUUACCAUGCCUAUUGAACUUUCCCGUCCAAAUGAAGCGAAAUCCUCUCGAAGACAUCGCGCAACGCGCCAAAUUGGCAGGCUACCAGUAUGGCGAACAUAUUGAUCGCGACAAGGAGCGAAGCCGUAUCCAAAAGCAAGAGACCAUAAAUACACAGGACCAUGUGCUCCAGAUCUACCAAGCAUGGUGGGCUAACGCGAAUGGCGUGCCUCCUGAGCGAUACGACGAGAUAUUAAGCCUAGAGACACCAUUGCCUAAGAUAGAGGAACUGAAAGAUUUCUGGAGGUUCUAUGCGCUCCAAUCCAGUGGCCGCAUAACUCUCAAGGACGGCUCAAGAACAAAAUGUCCUACAGUCCGCACGCUCUUGAAAAAAGCGGCGGCAUGGAAGGCUGGGUUCCAGCGGCGGACGGGCCAGAUGCUGAGCGACGAAGACACAACAGAGAUUAACAUGUGGUUAUCAAAGAGUUUGCCGUAUGAAGAAAGGCAAGGGAACAAACUUUAUUGCCACAAUAUGGCAAAACCGAAGUUCAACUUCGAGUCAUUGGACUUAGAUCAACUUAUCAACCAAGUAUGGAAUGGUCAAGACACCAAACACAUCCAUGACAGAAACCGGCUCCAAUUUCAUCUUCAAUUGCUCAUUUUCUGCGACAGCGGGGCUAGACGCGGCGCUAUACUGAGUCACGGUGUGCCAUAUAAGGAUAUUCAACUAGUCCUGCGUCCCCAUGAUGAUGAGCCACCGUUUUUUUAUAAGCUUGCCCAGCGUCACACAAAAAACAAUCAUGACCCGGAGCUCAGGACUUUCGGCAAUGCUUGCAGUCAGCAUCGGGUUCUGCGAUAUGAUUCCGUAUCUAUUAUUCUUAUGCUUGCCGUGGUUGAUGGUGCUCUAGACCUUGAGGAUCUCUAUCGAAUGAUCAAGAAUGGUGGUGAGGGUCCUGUGGAAUGGAACGAGCGAUGCCGCGAUAUGCCAAUUUGCCGAGAAGUGGAUCGACAGGGAAAUAUCGAUGAGACGAAACCGAUGUCUCCAGAUAUGUUCGUUAACAUGUUUCGAAUGUUCCAGAUGCAAGCAGGAUACACUGCGGUACCUGGAACUUACUUUAAUUCCGGUUCAAUACAUAUGAUCCGUCGAGCGCUUGGGAAACAACUAGACGAACGAUACACUGAGGUAGAAAGAUCUCAACACUUGACACAAGCUGAUAAAUCUGUUUUUGGGCGAAGUUAUACAGCAGACACUUCGUCAUGUGACGGUUUGUCGGCCUUUUUAGGCGAGAAACCGGACCACAGGGCCGUUCGACACUUUCAGGGCAUUACUCAAUUUCGACAGGAGGGUCUGCCAACCCAGCUACCUGCUGCACUGAAAGACAAAAUAAAUUCAAACCCGGAAAUUCUCGAAUGGGAUCAGAAGAUAGCGCAAGCUUCCGAUGAUAAAGCUCAGAAAAAGUUUAGGCAGAAGCGACAUAAGGCCUUUGAAAGACUACAGAGAUGGACGUUAGAGGAGUAUCGGCGAGAAACUUCCAUGCUACUAAAGCGGGAGAAGCUAUUGAAUGGUACCUGCGUCAAGGCACCAGGUCCAGACCCAGAUGAUCCUAUUCACAAGCUCAGACCUGAGAAGGUGCGGUUAGCUGAGAAAAUGGCAAGAACCUCACCUACGACCAACCAAGACAGGAUUGAUGCGAUGCGGGACAUGCUGUUGUUGCUGUCCGCACCCACUGUGUACUAUCGACGUGAGGAGGAGCCUAAGGACAAGAAGUGCCCCUUCUGCCUCAAAGAGAUAGAGAGUAUCGCCAGUAAGCGGCUUAGGUGCAAUCAUAUCCAUCGCUGUCGGCAAAAAGCGACGGCCAAGAAUCUCGGUGUUUUAUUCUCAAAUGUUAAGUUUUGCUAUUUCUGCAACUUAUUCUUGACUCAGGACGAAUGGGAAGCACAUUGUCAAACCCAUUUGAAGGAGUCACUGAAGUACUGCGGCUCCAUCACCUACCGACACACCUUGAUUCGCCCUGCGUUCUGUCUGCUUUGUAGACAGUCGGAAAAAUCACCUGCGAUGAGGAUGCUUUCUUGGGAGCGUGAUGUUGAAGCUAUACGCCAUAUGGAGAAGGAACAUCAGUGGCCAUGGUCAUGCGCUGACUGUGAGUUUUUGGGUGAGAACGGUGACGCAUGCUAUUAUCACCUCCACGAUGCCCAUGGCUAUCAACUUCCUAAAGAACGAAAGUUUGAGGCUUCAUCAAACAGCGCAAGCUUCAUUUUGCAGGACAAUUCAGACGAUUGGAUUUCAGAGUACAUCCAAUUCCCACCACAUUCACCAGAGUUAUCUGGGAUUGCUGUGAAGGGAAACGAAACCAUGCCAAGCCUUACGCUCCCUUGGAAACUUGAGCACGAACAGCCCUUUGAGGUCGUGACCCCUCAGAUGAAGGCCAUUGACGAUACAAUCCAUGGCCACAGGGGAUCCUUGGAAGAGCGAUGGGAUUGCCACCUCUUCUCGGACCUGCCAACAAACCUGGCUCCGGAGCAACUUAGCCCAUUAUCGUCGAUAGGAACCGCGCUUGCUGAAGGCAUGCCAAGCAUGGCGAUUCCUUUCGAUGACAAGGAGCACUCCCAGUUAAAUACUCUAUCGAUGGACAAGGAAGUGCCUAUAUCUCCAAUACGAAGCGCAAGUUGGUUGCCAACAUUAACAGAUGUGGGACAAACCGGAGCCGAAUCAGCCCAGUGCCAUACACUUGAUCUGGCUUCAACCGCGAAAUCCUCGCUGGCUCUUUUAGCAGCUUGCUCUCCGGACUCUGACGAAAGCCCGCGAGACAAGGAUGUACAAGACCUCACUGCAGGCCCGACGGCGAUAGACCAUGUACGCAGCUCUCACUGCGACAUGUCACCUCUCCCCACCCCUUGUGUAACGGCCGACACAGGCAUAGAUACCGGCGACUACAGCCCUGGACCUUUGCUCGUUCCUUGUGAUGAGCCAGAUUACAACACUGGCUCUGCGACCUGUGGAUACAAAAAGCGCCGAAUUAAAUUAAUCACAGCACCCUGCGAGCCUGAGGUCGGCGAUGUCGAGUCCCUGCCCAAGCCGAAGAAACGUCGCAUCAUCUUGAUAAUAAAACCUCGCACCACGAGCAAUGCAGAGCUUGCUGAUGUUGAAAGUGCAGCUCCAGAAGCCGAGGUCGACGGUCGGGACAAAACAACUGAGCCUGAAAGCCCCACGAAGAUCCGCACUAGGAUCAGGUGGACAUCAGAGGAGGAUGGAAUCAUUUGCAGACUGAAACAAGAGAAUUACUCCUGGGCCGAGAUCCAGCAUGCACUUCCACAUCGUUCUCUGGGCUCAAUGCAGGUCCGAUACUCGACUGUAUUGAGAAGAAGCUCAGGAGUGAUGGAUGGACGUAAGGCGGCAGGUGAAUAAGUUUGAUAAAUUGUCGAAUGUAAUUAUUUUUAUGAGAACUCGGUAGAAUUUAUAAUUGAUUAUGCUUGGUCAUGUCCU